AUGACAAAAACAAGUGGAUACAACAUUGCCGUAGGCCUCAUCGUGGCUGUCGGUAGCUUUACCUAUGGCUUUGGGUUUGCUUCGUUUGCUACCAGCAUUGGGCAGCCAGGCUUCUUCGCGUACUUCGGCCUUUCCUUGACUGGACCAAAUGCUGCCUAUACGAAUCAUAUCAUAGGAGCCGUCAAUGCGUUGUUCUUCUUUGGAGCCUGCGUCGGAGCCAUUGGAGGCGGGCCAACAGCUGACAAAAUUGGACGAAAGCAGUCCCUCUUCACGGCUUCCUUGAUCGCUAUCAUCGGAGGUGCUCUUACGGCUGGAAGCGUCCACGUUGCCAUGCUCAUCGUGGUUCGCAUUCUCCAGGGCAUUGGAUUAGGAGCACUGGCAACCCUGGUACCAAUAUAUCUCUCCGAGGCGUCGACUCCGUCGAAACGAGGAAUGCUGACGGGUCUUCAUGGAUUCUUCUUGGUGUCUGGAUACAACGUGUCCGCAUGGGUGGGUUUUGGUUGCUUCUUCUCCGACAAUCUUACGUUCGGGUGGAGAGGUCCAAUAGCUUUCACCUGCAUUCCUCCUCUCAUCCUUUUCAUCGGCUGCUUCUGGAUUCCAGAAUCCCCUCGAUGGCUACUGACAAAGAAUCGUGUUGAAGAAGCAUGGGCCGUUCUCAGCAAACUACACCAUGAUCCCAAUGAUCCAGACGGCGUAGCGGCGCACGAGGAGUUCUACCAAAUGCGAAAACAGAUCGAGCUCGAAUCAGUCAAUCCCACGGGCUACAAGGCCAUCUUCAGCACGCCGGCGUAUCGGAAAAGGGUCUUCCUUUCUUGUUUCGUUCAAUACGCGGCGAAUGCCACUGGUGGUCUGGUGAUAAACUACUACUCUGUGAUCAUCUAUGAGAAUUUGGGCUUGCACACUUAUCUACCGCUGCUCAUGUACUGUAUCUAUACAUUGAUUGGCGCACUUGGUAACCUCUUCUCCCUCCUUACCAUCGACAAGACCGGCCGGCGACCAGCCCUACUCACAGGCUUCACCGGUUGCUUAGUCUGCGUAGUAAUCGAAGCCGCGAUGGUAGGCGCAUACGUCCAAACACCCACCCCCAACAUCGCCGGCCAAAAGGUCGCCAUAGUCGCCAUCAUGUUCUUCGUAUUCUUCUACGGCCUCUUCAUCGACGCCGCAUCCUUCAUCUACAGCGCCGAGAUCCUGCCCACCAACAUCCGCUCCUCGGGCGUCGCAAUGGCGACAUUCACUUACUUUGCGGCAUGCAUCACGUUCGUCACACCAGGCGCCACGGCAAUCGCCAACAUCGGCUACAAGUAUUUCGUUAUCUUCGCGUGCCUCACAGUCGUCUCCAUCGCCGUCAUCUACUUUAUGUAUCCAGAAACAAAGGGCAAAUCAUUAGAGGAGCUCGCGGAGCUUUUCGGAGAUCCCGUCGUCGUGCAUCUUACCAACGCCACCGACGAGGAGAAGCAGAAAAUGGACAUGCAGAUCAAGAACGAACUGAUCGCAGAGCACCAAAAGGGAGUCGUCACUUGA